ACCAGACUCAUCGAGGCUCUGUUUUGUCGUUAACUCAUAUCUCCCAACGCUUUAUCACGAGGAGACAAAAAGCAUUUAGUAUAUCGGGAUACCGAGAUCGGUUGUUACUUACGUCAUGAUAUAUACGAAGUAGACCCUCCAGGGUCCAUCGCACCUCAUACCACAUCUUCAAUUGACACACACGAUGAGCGCAAAGGCCAACGACCCGCGUUCGGAGGCGGCGAAGAAACGCGACCUCAUCUCCCGAGGCGACUACACAUCCACUCCCGCCGGCAAAGCCGCCUUCUUCCUGCUCCGCGCCAUCGAGCCGCUCCUCCAAUACUCGAUUCUCGCAUAUGGCGUCGGCACGCCCCUCCUCCAUCGAGUGGGACUACGUACACUUCCUCCCGGCCUUCCAGCAACGACCGGCAUUGCCGCGAUCGAUGGCCUCGGACUGUCGCCCUACCGACUCGUGCUGCUGGGCAUGUCCGUUGGCAGUGCGGUGAAGCAGAACCUCUGGGUCACGUUGCUUUCCGGCGAGCCCAUGACUGUAGGGAACGCCUUCCUCGUUGGAGCAUUCAACGCCGUAUGCAACAGUCUGAACACGUAUGCCUUCCUCCUCAGCGCGACAUCAGCCUCGACCGAGUCGGAUUUCCCCCAGCCGUCUCUUGUCGUUGGCAGCACCCUGUACGUUGUGGGCAUUCUCACCGAGCUUGUCGCCGAGGCCCAACGUAAACGCUUCAAGAUGGAUCCUAAGAACAAGGGAAAGCCCUAUACGGGGGGUCUGUGGCAGUUUGCCCGCCACAUCAACUACGGCGGAUAUACGCUAUGGCGCGCAGGAUACGCCUUGGCUUCCGGUGGAUGGGCGUUCGGUGCGGUGGUCGGAGCGUUCUUUCUUUACGAUUUCGCAACGCGCGGGGUUCCCAUCUUGAAUGAGUACUGCGAGAAGAGGUACGGGCGGGAUUGGGAGAAGUUCAAGCGCGAUACCAAGUACCGCCUGAUUCCUUUCAUUUACUAGAAGUUGAAUAAAGUAACAAUAGUUCAAAAUCCUGACACUACCUCCAUGACGUGAAAUCAACUCGACAUAGAUCCAUCCAUCACGUCACUUCACUUACACAACCAUCCCAAAAAGCGGACCAAACCACAACCACAACCACAACCACAACCACAAACCACGAUGUUCCAGCCUGUCACCCACCGCAUCUUCAGACCCUGAACCAAACAAAUCACACCAAACCAGACCAAACCACACCACACCAAAACCACGCACACGCUUACAUUUAGCAGCGGUUCUCUCCGCACGCACACACGCACGCUACCAGAAGGACGUCAGACCAAACUAUCUCCGCCCAGACGAACUAUCCCCGCCCAGACCAAACCAUACUCAAGCAUACCAGACCAGGUCGAACCAUACGCAAUGGAAAACAGGCACGCUAACACUAGCGAACGGAAGAUACCUUCGAAUGUUUCCC